AUGUGGAGGGUGAUGGUGAUUUCGUCGACACCAAAGAGAUUUGUUCAUCGGAGUCAUCUUCAGAGAAGUGGUUUUUACGGUUUCCGUUGCUGGAUACGAGCUUUCUCAGGUCGUAGUGAUGAUUACAGAGAGAUUUUGAGAAGUGGGCUUCGUGAUAUAAAGCUAGACGAUGCCGUUGAUUUGUUCGGUGAGAUGGCCAAGUCUCGUCCACGCCCUUCCAUUAUUGAGUUCAGUAAAUUGCUGAGUGCCAUUGCCAAGAUGAAGAAGUAUGAUGUUGUCAUCUCUCUCGGCGAGCAGAUGCAAAUGUUAGGGAUUCCUCAUGAUCUCUAUACUUACAAUAUUUUCAUAAACUGUUUUUGCCGCCGCUCUGAGCUCUCUCUUGCUUUAGCCAUUCUUGGGAAGAUGAUGAAACUCGGCUUUGAUCCCAGCAUUGUCACGCUUACCUCGCUUCUCAGUGGAUACUGUCACGGUAAGAGGAUCUCUGAUGCCGUAGCUUUGGUUGAUCAAAUGGUGGAGAUGGGAUGUAAACCUGAUACCGUCACGUUCAACACUCUGAUCCACGGGCUUUUUCUCAACAACAAAGUCUCAGAAGCAGUGGCUUUACUUGAACGGAUGGUGCUGAAAGGAUGUCAACCAAGUUUAGUUACUUACGGUGUGUUAGUGAAUGGAAUAUGUAAGAGAGGUCAUACUGAUUUGGCUUUGAAUCUGCUCAGAAACAUGGAGGAGAGGAAAAUAGAGGCUGGUGUUGUGAUCUACAACACACUCAUUGAUAGUCUCUGCAAGUACAGGCAUGUGGAUGACGCACUCGACCUAUUCAGUGAAAUGGAGACCAAAGGAGUUAGACCAAGUGUCGUUACCUACAGCACCCUCAUAAGCUGUCUCUGUAACUACGGAAGAUGGAGUGACGCCUCUCGACUACUAAGCGAUAUGAUUGAGAGGAGAAUCAACCCCGAUACGUUCACUUUCAACGCACUGAUCGAUGCGUUUGCUAAAGAAGGAAAACUUUUGGAGGCCGAGAGGUUGUACGAGGAGAUGAUCAGAAGGUCUAUCAAUCCUAAUACAGUCACUUACAGUUCGCUUAUAAACGGGCUUUGCAUGCAUGAUCGCCUAGACGACGCCAUAAAAAUGUUUGAUCUGAUGGUUCGCAAGGGUGUUCUACCAGAUGUAGUGACUUAUAACAUUCUUAUAAAUGGGUUUUGCAAGUGUAAGAAAGUAGAUGAUGGCAUGGAACUCUUCCGUGAGAUGUCUCAAAGAGGAUUGGUUGGCAACACAAUCACUUACAACAUUCUUAUUCAAGGUUUUUUACAAGAUGGCGACUAUGAGAAGGCCCAAAAAGUUUUCGAAGUGAUGCUUUCUAGUGAUGUCCCUCCCAGUGUUAUGACCUACAAAAUUUUGUUAGAUGGACUCUGUGAUAUCGGGAAGCUAGAGAAAGCGUUGGUGGUGUUCGAAGAUAUGCAAAAGAGCGGGAUGGAUAUUGAUAUUACUACAUAUAAUAUCGUCAUUCACGGGAUGUGCAAGGCUGGUCAUGUGGAAGACGCACAAGAUCUGUUUUGUAGCCUCAUGCGCAAAGCAGUGCAUCCGGAUGUGGUAACAUACAAUACAAUGAUCUCAGGGCUGUGUAGUAAACGACUACUGGAUGAAGCGGAUGCCUUGUUUAGAGAAAUGAAAGAAGGUGGGACUUUGCCAAGCAGCGGUACGUAUAACCCGCUGAUAAGGGCACAUCUAAAAUAUGGUGACAAAGAAUCAUCAGCUGAACUCAUCAAAGAAAUGAGGAGUUGUGGGUUUUCUGGAGACGCUUCAACGAUAAGCCUGGUCAUUGAUUUGUUGUAUGUUGGGAGAUUGGACAAAAGCUUUCUCGAUAUGCUUUCUUAA